GCGGAGACAGACUUCAUCGUAGCCGUACGACUCAAAAUCAGCUCGUAUCGGACCUUGUCUAUUCCGUGUCGACAGAAAACCUAAAUGGCCGUAAGAUACGAUUUCUGUGACGCGAUUUGUUGUCACGAGACAUUCACACUUAUAAGAUUGUGCUUUACCGGAUGCAUGGAUUCGUGAUUGAUGUUCCUUAACUCUCAAACUAACAUGUAAGCUUCAUUCACAGGAUUUCCUAACGACAUACCCACCGGAAGGCACGAUAUAUGGAGACGAUUCGCGACUCAGCUUUCGGCAAAUUAGUUCGUUUCUUGAGCGGUUACAGGCUUCUGCUGUACCCAGAGGAACUGGACGAUUCCACGUGGCGGAAAUAUUUACGGACGCCGGAGGGUUAUGUGGAAGACGGCUUGACUCCGACUAGUGGUGAAGACUUUUACGAGCAGCAUAGUCUCUAUACGGUUAUGUCGCAGGCUGCUCGACGAAGGCGGCAAAGACCCCCUCUGAGGAAUGUUUUGGCAGGCCCAUGGCAUGGAGUGAGGGAGGUAUCGCCAGAGGCAAUUAGCUGGGGAGGGCCAGAUGAUAGCGAGAAUCCUCAAAAUUGGAGUCUCACAAAAAAGAUGCUGGUCACUCUGCUUAUUUGCCUUCUGACGUUUUCUAUCUAUAUUGGUUCGGCAAUCUACACACCUGGAGUGCCGGGUGUGGCUCGGCAGUUUGGUGUGAGUAAUGUAACUGCGCUUCUCGGUUUGACACUUUUUGUGCUCGGAUACGGACUGGGACCUAUGGUUUGGGCUCCGAUAUCAGAGCUUCCCGCGGUGGGACGAAGUCCGGUAUAUGUUGCAACAUUGGUCGUGUUCGUUUUCUUUCAAUUCGCGGUCAUCUACGCGAAGAACAUCGGGAUGCUGCUGGCGUUUCGAUUCCUAACCGGCUUCCUUGGCUCGCCCGUUCUCGCGACAGGGGGAGCCUCCAUUGGGGAUAUGUGGAAUCCCCUGGUCCGCGAUUAUAUGAUAGCUAUCUGGGCAUCCUUUGCCAUUGCUGCUCCUGUGCUAGGCCCUCUCGUGGGAGGAUUUGCUGCCUCCGCCAAAGGCUGGACGUGGACAAUUUGGGAGCUGCUUUGGAUAUCUGGCUUUGCUCUAGUGCUUCUCUUCUUUUUCCUGCCUGAGACAUUUGCGCCUAAUAUUCUGAGCCGCCGAGCACGCCGUAUUCGCCGGAUCAUGGAUGAUCAGAGAUAUGCGUCCGAAUCCGAGAUCGAGAUAUCGCAUGUGGCUACCAGGGAUGUCUUAUUUGAAUCUCUUGUCCGCCCAUUUGUGCUCUGCUUCCUUGAACCGAUCGUCCUUCUGAUGAACCUCUACAUUGCCUUGAUAUACGGGAUUCUGUAUAUUUGGUUUGAGGCUUUUCCGAUUGUUUUUGAGGAGAAGCAUGGCUUCAACGCAGGCCAAGACGGCUUGGCUUUCCUAGGUAUCUUGAUAGGGGCUGUAUGUGUUGCUCUUCCGGGGUACUUCUAUUGGAAAUACCGCUGGCAGUCCAAACAUGUCAAUGACGACGGCUCUCUCUCUCCAGAGGAACAUCUUCCUCCGGCGUGUUUUGGCGCUUUGUGUCUCCCGAUAUCCCUUUUUUGGUUUGGAUGGACUGCAAACUUCGCAAGUAUCCAUUGGAUUGUGCCCAUUAUUGCUUCUGCGCUUUUUGCUAUUGGGGGAUAUCUCAUCUUCAAUAGUAUUUUCUGCUACGAGGCACAGGCUUAUCCGAGAUAUGCAGCCUCGGUCCUUGCUGGAAAUGACUUCCUACGAUCAUCUUUUGGCGGCGGCUUCCCCUUAUUUGCAACUCAAAUGUUCCAUAAUCUGGGUGUUGGUUGGGCCUGUACAUUGCUGGGUUGCUUGACUGUGUUGUUCGUGCCAUAUCCAUUUUUAUUAUAUAGAUACGGGGAGAAGAUCCGGAUGAGGAGCAAAUAUGCCCGGCAUGGGAGGUAG